UAUCCCUUCUUAUAUUUAUUCUAUUUUGUCAGUUAAGGAGUAAGAUUACUGCGAAAUCGCCAGAGCAAGGAGGUUAUGCCCAUUAGGAGCCUACACAAAUCAGUUGGCUGCUCAAAUUGAAAAAAGAAAUAAUCUUUGAGCUUGAGUUCUUUAUGCAUGGGCUGGGGAAGAACACAUUGUGUGACUGCUUUGCAUGUUUGACCAGAAUACAGAAUUACAGAAAUCAAAGGAGUUGAAGAGAGAUUGAUGGAUCGCAAUCGAAGUCCACAAGGUGAAACUGCCCAGAUUCUUGUAGAAUUUUUAGAAGUUGCCAUUACAUCAGUUGUAUUCCUCAAAGGAGUUUAUCCAAGUGGGGCAUUUGAAAGGCGGCGUUACAUGAAUGUUGUGGUCCAAAGAGCUAGACACCCGGAGCUUCAACAAUAUAUCCAUUCUUCUGUCAAUGGACUUUUUCCUUUCAUACAAAAGGGAUUGGUUGAGAGAGUAGCAGUGAUUUUUUUUGAUAGCAACAACGUACCUCUCGAGAGAUUUGUUUUCAAGAUAAAUGUGAACCAGUCCUAUGGUUCAAAGUUGGAGGAAGCUGAUCUGGAGUUUUCUCUUAAAUCAUUUUUUAUCAAGCUUCCUUUGUCACAAUCGUUAAUGAAGGUUCUUCCACCAGAUUGCAGGUGGGAGAUAACAGCUUACUUUCGCUCUCUCCCGCAGAGCAGUACAAGCAAAGAUGCAGAAAUGUGGGUCCCAACAGAUACCCGGCAGUGGCAGCAAGCACCUCUUAUAACUCCUAUCAAGUCCAUGAGUAGUGAACCUCUUGGUGUCCAGUUAUAUCUUGAACAUCCAAGUCUCUCUGAACCAAAGGCUUAGAGAGCGCCAUCUCAGAGGCAUUUGUUAUGGAGCUCUUCCAACAUCUUAAGGUAUUGUGUGUUAAUGCAAUCACUCCGAAGUUAUAGAAUUCAUGUACUUGUAUAACAAAAAGAAGAAGUAAAAGGUGCCAAGAAGAUCUUAUUGUGGUGUGUUCUUGA